CAUCCUCAGCAGCAGCUUCACUCCAUGGGGAAAACACAGGCGCACUUUACCCACUGUCGCUCUGCUGCUGCUGCUGUUUUCAUGACUUUGUGGAGGCGCAAACUUUCUCUGGAGUGGAAUAUAAAACAUCAGAAGUUGAUGGAUUAGCACUGAGCGUGUAGGAUUAACAAUACUGCAGUGAAUCUUUUUUUUUUAUUGGAUGUUCAUGAGGACUCUCUGUCCAUGUCUUCUGUCGGAUGAUGGCUCAGGCAGUCUCCGUCAUUCUACUGUUUGGCAUUAUUCUGAAAAUCAGUUGUGUUGCUGCCAUUGAACUGCGGUUUAUGCCUGACCCGCCAACGCUGAACAUCUAUGGCGUUCAUAGGAUGAACAGAUCUGACAACCUGGAGCUAACAUGCAGAGGUCGGCAGUACCUGAGGUGGACGACCCCUCCUACGAGCAUUCGCUUCUCCACCAGUGACUGCAGUGGAUCGGGACUCUUCUGCACAACACUGCGGAUCUCCAACGCGACUGUCAAUGAGACGGGACAGUACCAGUGCUCCUACAGAGACCUGAAAGUGGAAGAUGGCAAGACUUCAGCAGCAACUUAUGUGUUUGUCCACGAUUACAAGGUGCCAUUCGUGCCGUCUGAGAAAGAAUACCCGGUGGUGUUCAUCCGUGAGGGCGAGCGGGUGGUGAUACCGUGCCGAGGCACGGUGGAGGAUCUCAACGUUACGCUCCACACUAAGUAUCCAAAUAAGGAGCUUCAUCCCGAUGGGAAGGACUCUCUGUGGGACGCCAAGACGGGUUUCACUGUUCCCAGUCAUCUGAUCAGCUACUCCGGCGUCGUGUUCUGCCAGACCCAUAUUGGAAAUGAGACGUUUAAGUCCCCUCUCUACAUUGUCGCUGUUGUCGGAUACAAGAUCUCUGAACUCACCCUGACCCCCACGCAACAGAGGCUGUCUGUGGGGGAGCGGCUGGUGCUCAGCUGCACCGCCAAAACCGAGCUCAACGUGGGCAUCGAGUUCAACUGGACGCACUCUGGUCAGGCCCUGACAUCGGUGAAUGGCUCGAGGCCGAUCCACACGACACCCCACAAGAAGAAGCUGUGGAACUCCCUGGAGCUGUCCAACACCCUCACAGUGGAGAAUGUAACCGUUGAUCACACCGGAGAAUACACCUGCACUGCAAACAGCGGGCAGAUGGAGAAGAGUGCCUCAGCACUUCUUAAAGUGUUUGAAAAGCCUUUCAUUGAUAUGAAAGAGCCGUGGUCGAAGGUUUGGGAGGUAAAUGUGGGAGAUCAAACAUCUAUCCCUAUCAAGUUCUCAGCCUACCCAGAGCCCAACUUUAAAUGGUUAAAGAAUGGCCUCCCAUUUAAGGACGAUUACCGAAUAAAACAGAGAAUUGACGCCCUCAUCAUCCGCGUAGUCACAGAAAUGGACGUGGGAAAUUACACGAUGGUCCUGACCAAUAGGAUUACUAAAGAGGAAACAAAACGCUCUGUCCAGCUGCUGGUCAACGUGCGUCCUCAUAUCAUUGAGAAAGAAGUGGCGGUGGACACUGAUGUGUACCCGUACGGCAGCAGCCCCACCCUAAGGUGCACCGCCCGUGGAUUUCCCACACCUGCACACAUCCAGUGGCAGUGGAUGUCUAAAGAGGACUGUCCAGAGGCCUUCCUGUCAGGGCUGAAAAAGUCUGAGGCACAGCUAGCGGAGUGUUCUGGUUGGAGAGAUAUCAGAAACAGCACCGGUCACCAUCCCGUAGAACGGAUUAUGAAUGAUGCUGAGCAUGCCCAGAAGAAAAUCAUGAGCUCUUUGAAGAUUCAGAAAGCGGAGGCCCAUGUCCUCUACAGAUGCACGGCUGCCAACAAAGUAGGAGAGGAUUCACGCAUCAUCUUCUUCCACGUCACACGUGGGCUCGGGGUGAGCGUGUCUCCCUCCAGCGAGCCCUUAGAGGAGGACCACGUCGUUCUGCAGUGUAAGGCGGACAAGCUGAUCUACGGCAACCUGACCUGGUUCGGUGUGACCAACAUAUCAGAGUCAGAGCAGAUUGCGUCGGUGCAGCCAUGUCGCCCGUGGUGGAAUGUAACCGUACUUAAGAACAAUUUUGAGCGGAGUCCUCCGUCACAUGUGGCGCUGCACAGCCUGCCUGGCACCAACGUGACCCUGGAGCUGUCGCUGCCCAACGCGUCCCCUCAGGAUGAGGGUCUGUACGCCUGUCAGGUGGAAAACAUCAAGACUCAGGAGAAAACCUGCCUGCUGCGCCGUCUUUCUCUCAAAGGUCUUGAGGCUGCAAGGAUCCUUAAUAAUUUAACCGAUCAAAAAGCUAACGUGAGUACAACGAUCACUCUCCUCUGUGAUGCUGCUGGGACGCCGAAGCCGACGGUUGUGUGGACCAAAAACAACCACACUGUGGUGGAGGGCUCAGGCGUGAUUCUGACUCAGCACAACCACAUUCUGACGAUUCAGCGUGCGAAGAAGGAGGACAGCGGUCUGUACACCUGCACUGCAUGUAACAGCCGUGGCUGUGACACCUCACAGGCCUAUCUGACUACUGAAGGUGCAGAAGAAAAAACUAAUGUGGAACUGAUUGUUCCUAUCGGGUCGGUGGUCAUCGCCAUGUUUUUCUGGUUACUGAUCGUCUUUGUCAUCCGUGGAAGAAAGAGGCCAAGUGGUGGGGAGCUGAAGACGGGCUACCUGUCCAUGAUCCUGGACUCAGAGGACAUGCCCAUGGACGAGCAGUGUGAAAGACUCACGUAUGACGCCAACAAAUGGGAAUUCCCUCGGGACCGGCUGAAGCUAGGUGACCCACUGGGACGUGGAGCGUUUGGUCAAGUGGUAGAAGCAGCCGCCUUUGGCAUCGAGAAAGCCACAACGUGCACCACUGUCGCAGUCAAGAUGCUUAAAGAGGGAGCCACGUCGAGUGAGUACCGCGCCCUGAUGUCAGAGCUGAAAAUUCUCAUUCAUAUUGGACAUCAUCUCAACGUGGUCAACCUGCUGGGAGCCUGUACGAAGCCUGGAGGGCCAGUGAUGGUGAUUGUGGAGUACUGUAAAAAUGGAAACCUCUCCAGCUAUCUGAAAAGCAAGCGUGGAGAGUACAGCCCCUACAAGAGGAAGCGUGUGGACAGCCAGAGGUGGGCGCCUGCAGAGGAGGAUGUGACCGAAGGGGAUCUGGGCCUGGGGGAGAUCGCCCAGCUGGACAUCUGCACCGGAACGGCAGUCUGCUACAGAGAUGGAGACACGUCUUCAGGCAGAAACAUGGACACUCAUGAAGAGAGCUCAGAUGAUGACCAUCUGACCAUGAAGGACCUGAUAAGCUACAGCUUCCAGGUGGCCAAAGGCAUGGAGUUUCUAGCCUCCCGCAAGUGUAUCCACAGAGAUCUGGCAGCCAGAAACAUCCUGCUUUCAGAGAACAAUGUGGUGAAGAUCUGCGACUUCGGCCUCGCUAGAGAUGUCUACAAAGACCCUGACUAUGUCCGCAAGGGAGAUGCUCGUCUCCCUCUAAAGUGGAUGGCUCCUGAGACCAUCUUCGAUCGGGUGUACACCACACAAAGUGACGUUUGGUCCUUUGGGGUUCUCCUCUGGGAGAUCUUUUCUCUGGGGGCGUCUCCCUAUCCGGGUGUUUGCAUCGACGAGUUAUUCUGCAGGAGGCUGAAAGAGGGAACCAGGAUGAGACCUCCAGAAUACGCCACCAAUGAGAUAUACCAGACCAUGUUGGACUGCUGGCUGGAUCGUCCCACAGACAGGCCGACAUUCGCAGAGAUGGUGGAACAUCUGGGCAACCUGCUGCAGGCCAGCGCUCAACAGGAUGGGAAGGACUACAUCCCUCUGACAGCAGGCAACGAGGCAGAAGGAUCUCCAGUGACCCCUGACCCCAGGAACCCCUACAACAGACCACAAAAUGUGGAAAUCCUGGAGGCUCAGCUCCACUAUGACAACCCAUCGUCUCUUGGACUGUCCCAGCAGAGCGAGCGGUGCAGUCGGCCCCUCAGCGUGAAGACGUUUGAGGACAUCCCGGUGGCACGCAGCAGCGUCAUGGAGGGUCACACAGACAGCGGGAUGGGCUUCUCACCAGACGAGGUGAAGGGUUUGAAUCAACAGCUAACAGCGACGCCCAACUUCAGCCAGCUGCUGCGCUGUAAGAGUAAAGAGUCUCUGGCCUCGGAGUCGUCCAAUCAGACGAGCGGAUACCAGUCGGGGUACCACUCUGACGACACCGACACGCCGAUCUACGCUAACGAGGAGGUGAUCAUGAAGCACAACAUGCUGAAGAAGCCUCCGCUGCCCAAGACGCCGGACAAAUUCAACGUGGAGAUCCGCUACAGCACGCCGCCCGUCUGACCCCCAACAACCACUUAAGUCUUUUCACUGUACAGAGUUUGGUAUUACACUUUAAGAACAAUAAUGAAACACAAAGAAUGAAGGUUGUAUGAUAAGUUUGUAAGCUGGACAGCCGGAGGAAUGCUUUCAUGUUUACUCAGCGAGUAAAAGGUCGAGACACGCCUACUUCCUGAGGCGCAAUCCACCCACUUCCUCUAUUACAGGAAAUGACAUCUGGAAUUUUAUAGAUAAUUGAAUCAUCAAAUGUUUUCUUUCUUUUUCUCGUUGGCACAUUAAAUGUCUGUUAAAGGAGUUAGUUCUCUCAGAUCAAUCAGAACAAUGUUUCUGUAGAGUCACAUUUGUACAGUUCUUUUAUGUGUUUAUAUAACUUACAGUAUUUUAUUGAACGUGUAUUACUAAACCUGCAAUAAAUGUAACUAGUUUUAUAAAAUAAAAAUACUCACAGAUUAAGACAAAUUUACUCUUUUAUUGGAAAGUCUCACUAUUUGUUCGUCCCAAACAUGAUAAUCUGAGUGUUUGUCUUUGUACCAUAAACGUCUCAUUUCCUGUCUCUGUGUCUAACGCAAAGAAAACAGCACUUUCUCA